ACAAUGUCGUAAGAGGUGUAAUUACCAUUAUUAGAACUAAGAUUACACAAAAUAUGACUCAACAUUACCACUCUGACAACAAAUUUGUUGUCACUUUUGUAAAUGUGGGUAUGAGAUACCCACAAGUACACUAGAAUUUUCCAUAUAUCAUAACAUUCAGGAUCCAUAUAGUCUUGGUCAAUAAACUAAGAAAACAAGGAUGCGUUUGCUAAAGUUUUCUAACCGUCAACCUCUUUUUCCUCCAAGAGGGGGUGACGGUUUCAACCUCUGUCCAUCUCCUCCUUCACGUUGUCCAUCUUUAGCCAUCGCUUCCAUUCCUUGCUUUGGUUCUCCAUCAUCAACAACAUAUCCUCCAUGGAGCAAGACAACGUCUCACGCUCCCAAGAUACUGUUUCCAAGCCUUCGAUCGCUCCAUUGACGAUGAUUUGCUUUGAAUUCUGUGUACUUGGUGUCGCUGAAGCCGUGCCAUGGAUGGAUUAAGAACGAUUACCCCCAAAAAGAUGCUCCACUUGUCAACUUGAUUUCUAUAAGAUUUGGUAAUUGGUGUCGUUGUUUGGGCGGCGCUACUAGGAGUCGGCUCUAUGGUGGAGAGGCAGCACGUUGGCACUCUCAAAAAUUGCAUGGUGGCCCUCGAUUGCAGUCAAGUUUGCCUAAAUCCAAAAAGUCUGAAAAAAGGUGAAAUUUAUGCUGAUGGCAUUAACUGGGAUGAUCUUGGGUUUGGACUGAUUCCAAUCGAUCACAUGUACACCAUGAAAUGCUCCGACGGAGAAAACUUUUCACAAGGACAUCUCUCUCCCUUUGGAAAGAUUGAGCUUUGCCCAUCUGCUGGAAUAUUGAAUUAUGGACAGGGACUAUUCGAAGGUCUUAAGGCGACCAGAACAGAAGAUGGUCGUAUUAUGCUGUUUCGGCCCCAAGAGAAUGCUCUAAGAAUGAUUAUGGGUGCAGAGAGAAUGUGCAUGCCAUCUCCAUCCGUUGAGCAAUUUGUUGAUGCUGUGAAGCAAACAGUCUUCGCCAACAAGCGUUGGGUACCACCUCCAGGAAAAGGAUCAUUGUAUAUUAGGCCUUUGCUCGUGGGGAGUGGAUCUAAUCUGUGCUUGGGGCCGGGACUGGAGUAUACAUUCCUAAUUUUUGCUUCUCCAGUUGGUAAUUAUCACAAGGGAAGGGCAGCCCUAAAUUUGUAUGUUGAGCAUAAAAUCCACAGAGCUACUCCUGGUGGAACUGGAGGUGUCAAGUGUGUCACCAAUUACUCACCUGUUUACCAAACACAACAGCAAGCAAGGGCCAAGGGGUUCUCUGAUGUCUUAUUCCUAGAUUCUGCAACUGGUAAAAACAUUGAGGAGAUUGUACUAGCUAACAUUUUCAUUCUGAAGGGUAAUGUCAUUUCAACUCCAACACUGAAACAUGGAACUAUCCUCCCUGGAGUAACCCGUAAAAGCAUCAUUGAUAUUGCCCUUGAUUUUGGUUACCAGGUGGCGGAGCGUGUGAUCCCAGUGGAGGAUUUACUUGCAGCCGAUGAAGCUUUCUGCACAGGAACUGCCGUGGUUGUCAACCCUAUUGGCGCUGUAACUUAUCAAGACAAGAGGGUUGAAUACAAAACCGGAGGAGCGUUAUGUCAGAAACUGUAUGAAACGCUAACAGGAAUCCAAACUGGUCGUCUUGAGGACAAGAAGGGAUGGACCUUAGAGGUCAACUGAGCUUCUUUAUUGUACCAAACCCCAGAAGUUUGUCAUCUUUGAUAAGUAUUCUAUUUGUCAAUUGUUUUAAAUAUGUAGAAGUCCUAGUCUACUAGGAGUUUGUUAGUGUUUAUAAAGUCUUUAAGGAAAACCCAUGAACUUAGGAGUUGUUAAUCAUGGCGUAGUCGUUCCAGAUUUCUGUUAGUUUGUUUGUAUGCUGAUCUAUUUAUAUAGAGCUGCUUUUCAAUCAAUGAAAUCAUUCAGUUCCAAGCUUUCA